UAAAUAUUAAUUUAUAAUGUAAGCGCAGAAUUUAAGAUAUACUUAAUUUCAUUUGACAAAUCCUAUUCCAGAUGAGAAUCACAUAGAAAAUGUGUUUGAAUAAUUUAUAACGGAAUAUAAGGAGUUUAGAGUGAAUGUACCUAUUGGAUGUAUCACUGAUAAAUGUUCUAAAAAAUAAAAAGAAAGAAUUGAUUUAAGUGUAUUUUGUGGAGCAGGAGGAUAUCUAUAUUUGUAUUUGAGAAUCUAUGAAUUUGUUAAGGGAUUAAGUCCAGAUAUGUAAUAAAGAUGUACAAAAGGAUUGACAGAUUAAGAGUUUUCAGAAUUUUAUAAUCCUGAAACAGCUUUACAAUUAGCAUUAAGAUAAUAUUAGGCUUUGUAGGCUUAAAUAAAAAAGGAUACAGAUAUAUCAUUUUUUAUGAGCAAUUCAACAAUUUAUUUAUUGGGGGCUGAAUUGUUUUAUUAUAUGAAAGACAAAGAGAAUUUUAAGAAAUGUACUAUGGAAGCUCUUAUAAACUUUGGUACGAUAGUUGCUGAACCAGAAAAAUAAGAAUAAGAAUUAUUGUAUGGCAUCCCAGGCUACCUUUACACUUUAUUAAGGUUACAUAAGAAAUAUUCAAAUGAAUAAGAUCCAUAUUAAUUGGAUCUAUCUUCUCAUAUUCAUACAUUAUGUUAGAUAAUUUGUAAAUUUUCAGGUAAGGGUGUAAUGAAAUGUGAUUUUCAUAAUAGAUCAUAUUUUGGGGCAGCUCAUGGGAUUUUGGGAGUAAUUUAAAUGCUGUUAUUGAGUUAUGAAUAAUGCAAAGAAUAUUUUCAUUUAAAAGAUGAAUAGGGACUUUUGGAGAUGUUAGAUUCAAUUUAGAAAACAUUGGAUUAGUUAAUUAAAUUAUAUUAUUAAAAUGGUAAUAUUCCAUCUUCAGCUUAAAACUUAAAUAAUUUAAAACUAUAUUAAUUUUGUCAUGGAAUACCGGGCGCAAUAGCUCCACUUCUUAAAGCAUAUUAGAUAUUUAAUAAAUAAGAUUAUUUGGAUGCAGCAAUACAUAUGAGUGAAAACCUUUACAAAUUUGGAAUGAUAAAGAAAGGAUUUGGGUUGUGUCAUGGAAUACCAGGAAAUAGUUAUGGAUUUAUGCAAUUAUAUAGAUUAAUGGGAAAUGAGAAACACAGAAAAUAUGCUUAUUAAUUUUUAUAAUAUAAGAAAAAUGUUUAUGUUUAUAAUGAAAUAAAGAAUUUUCCAUUUAAUGAUAGAUACAUGAUUGGAGUAUCAGAUCAACCAUUUAGUUUGAUGAUAGGAAGUGUAGGAGAUAUGUGUGCAAUGAUGGAUUUCAUAGAUUAUAAAGGUAUGCCAGGAUAUGAAAUUUGA